GCCGAACUUGGCCGCGCACAUGCCCGCCGCCGCCCUCAACGCCGCUGGAAGUGUCCACUCGCCUUCCACCAGCAUGGCAGCAUCCUCCCAGUACCGCCAGCUGCUGAGUGACUAUGGGCCACCAUCGCUGGGCUACACCCAGGGAACUGGAAAUAGCCAGGUGCCCCAGAGCAAGUAUGCAGAACUGCUGGCCAUCAUCGAAGAGCUGGGGAAGGAGAUAAGACCCACCUAUGCAGGGAGCAAGAGCGCCAUGGAGAGACUAAAACGAGGCAUCAUUCACGCACGAGGACUGGUUCCGGAGUGCUUGGCUGAAACGGAACGGAAUGCCAGGUCCUAG